AAUAAUCCGAUGCCAUCCAAUGGUCUACAAGCAAUAAAUGCCUCACAAAGAUCACAAAAAGAAUGUCGCGUUUAUGUUGGAAAUUUGGCUUAUGAAGUAAAAUGGGCUCAGUUAAAAGAUUUCAUGCGUCAAGCCGGUGAAGUUGUUUUUGCUGAUGUCUUGGUGCAACCUAAUGGCAUGUCUAAAGGAUGCGGUGUUGUUGAAUAUCGUACUCCGGAAGAUGCACGGAGAGCAAUAGAAACACUUAAUGAUACUCAAUUACUCGGGAGACCCGUGUUUAUUCGCGAGGACCGGGAGACUGAAGCAAAAUUUGGUACUGGAUUAAGUAUUAGGCCUGAUAGAUCAUUACCAGUUCACAAUAGUAAUAAUAGUCAUCAUGUUGCAAAUGUUGGCGGUGGUAAUGCUGGUAGACAAAUUUAUGUAGGAAACCUACCCUAUUCUGUUGGGUGGCAAGAAUUAAAAGAUCUUUUUAGAAAUGCUGGAAACAUUAUUCGAGCUGAUAUACUCAUUGGUCAAGAUAGACGAUCUAAAGGGUCAGGGACUGUUCUUUUUGAGACACCGGGAGAUGCUGCAAAUGCGAUUU